AUGUAAGGACUUCACAUCAGUAGACCGAAUGACCCAAAGAAACGUAAAACCAUUACCUGUCGUUCCUGCAGGUGGGGGGGAUCGACUCGAUCGGUCUUCGAAUGAACCAUGGCACGGCAGUGGUCGAUUUCGACAUUUACGUCAUCGGUGGCCACGACGACUGGAAAGACUUAGACUCAUGUCUCUGCUUCAACGCUGUUACGAAGACAUGCCGCGAGGUGGCGCCUAUGAAUGAACGCAGACGCAGUUUAAGUGUGGCAGUUCUGCGAGGUGCAGUGUACGCCAUGGGCGGUCACGAGUGUGAGCAUCGUGAAGAUCUCAGAACAGCUGAAAGAUACGACUGUAAGACAAACCAGUGGUCGUGGAUCGCUCCCAUGAACACAGAGCGACGCUGUGCAAGUGCGGCUGCACUGAAUGACAAAAUAUACGUCGCUGGUGGACAUGUUAGUCUUUUCAAUUCUCUAAACUCGGUGGAAGUUUAUGACCCGGACACCGACCGAUGGACGUUCGUUGCACCAAUGCAUUCUGAACGUGAGGAUUUUACUUGCGUCGCGUUCCACGGCUGUCUGUACGCCCUAGGAGGACGCAACUGGACAUCAGACGCGCUCUCUACUGAAAAGUACGACCCUACAGAAGACACGUGGACUGAGGUCCCUGCCAUGAACUUCUAUUCAGAUUAUUUAAAUGCAGAAGUGUUCGACGACACGAUCUUCGUCAUCAGUAGAUAUUCUGACAAGGGCCAUUUCGGAUCCCGCGUCGCAUGUUUCAAUGACAAGGAAAAUCGAUGGUACCAGGCGGCAAACAUGAAUGUUAGGAGAUCCUUUCUGUCGACUUGUGUCAUCAAGAACCUACCGAACGCAAGAGAUUACGCCUACAAACACAGAGACAAAUUAAUGGAGGAGAAAUGCAAAAAGAAGAUGGCGGAGUAACGUAAAAAAUGUUGGUUUGGGUAAAAAAUCAGGCAACUCUCGUUUUACGAUUGAGAUCCGUUCCGAGACGUUGUUCGUUAUAAAUUUUUGUUCGUUAUAUGCAUCUUGCAUUCCUGAGCUUUUACGAUACAUAUCGUAUAUUUUAGCAGCCAUUUUAAAGCAUU